UUUCGAUAGUUUAUCGAUUCGACGCCGCCGAAUUCCCAGCCACACAUACACAUAUGCACAUUACACACAUACGCACAUGUCAGACACGUAGAGUGUCACGAGUGGCGCGAUGUAAUCCUUUUACGCGGUGUCCGCUCGCAAUUUUACACUGUUGUUGCACUUUCCCUCUUAUUUGAUAUGUCGUUUUUUAUCGAUGUCUUCCGUAAGUGACGCGCGCGAAUAAUAUAAUCAUAAUAAUUCCGAUAUAUUUAUCGAAAAAAAUGCGUCCAAAGACCGAACCGCCGCUGUGAGGGUAAGGACCCCGAGAUGUGGUUGACCACUGCUGAAUCAGCUAGUCUCGGGGCAGAGGAGGUGGCAGCUAGAUUGCACGUUGAUGUGCGAACAGGACUCAGAUGGCAGGAGUCCGAUCAUAGAAGACAGUUGAUAGGUUUUAAUGAGUUUACUGUAAAGGAGGAAGAUCCACCAUGGAAAAAAUAUAUCGAACAGUUCAAGAAUCCAUUGAUUCUUCUCUUACUCGCCUCGGCAUUUGUCAGUGUAUGUAUGAAACAAUUCGACGAUGCUGUCAGUAUUACUGUGGCUAUCAUAAUAGUGGUGACAGUUGCAUUUGUACAAGAAUACCGAUCUGAGAAAUCUUUAGAAGAAUUGAAUAAACUAGUACCACCAAUAUGCCACUGCUUAAGAGAGGAACGCGUAGAGACGUUUCUGGCGCGUAAUCUAGUUCCUGGCGAUAUAGUGUAUUUAAAUAUUGGUGACAGAGUACCUGCCGAUAUCAGAAUAUUCGAAGCCACAGAUUUGGCGAUCGACGAAAGUAGUUUCACUGGGGAGACCGAGCCAGCGCAAAAAUCGACGGCUCCUCUUCUCAAGACCAAUGGGUUGACGUCAAAAAGAAACAUUGCCUUCAUGGGCACUUUAGUACGCUGUGGGAAUGGCAAGGGAAUUGUAGUGAAUACGGGAGAAAAGAGUGAAUUUGGGGAGGUUUUCUCGAUGAUGCAGGCCGAGGAGGCGCCAAAGACUCCACUACAGCGAAGCAUGGACAUUUUAGGUACACAGCUGUCCUUCUAUUCGUUCUGCAUUAUUGGUAUCAUUAUGCUACUGGGCUGGAUCCAAGGUAAGGCUAUCCUUGAGAUGUUUACCAUUGGUGUAAGCUUGGCAGUGGCAGCUAUACCGGAGGGUUUGCCAAUCGUUGUGACUGUGACCCUGGCGUUGGGAGUAAUGAGAAUGGUCAAGAGAAAAGCUAUUGUCAAGAAAUUGCCAACUGUUGAGACUCUCGGCUGUGUAAACGUAAUAUGUUCUGAUAAAACCGGUACUAUCACAAAGAACGAGAUGACCGCUACGAUUCUCGUGACGUCCGAAGGUUAUAUCGCGGAUGUUACCGGAGCAGGAUACAACGACGUGGGUGAAGUACGCAUACGGAAAUGCGACAAUAUAGAUCUCGCUCGUGCCGCUAUCAGUAACAUGCUGGAAGUCGGUAGCGUAUGCAAUAAUGCGAUCAUACAAAAUGAUACUCUGCUCGGACAACCGACGGAAGGCGCGCUUUUAGCCGUGGCGAUGAAAUUUGGAAUGUAUGGCGUCGCCGACAAGUAUCUCCGACUGCAAGAGUAUCCGUUUUCUUCUGAGCAAAAGAUGAUGGCUGUGAAAUGCACGCCAAGAUUUGGCGAGAAUAGGCAAGAAACAUACUUUGUGAAAGGUGCUUUGGAAAAGAUCCUGCCGCAAUGUACAAAAUAUUACGAAAAUGGUCAGGUGUAUCCCCUUAGCCAGAAGAAAGAUCAAGAGUUCUUGACGGAAGCGUAUGAUAUCGGUCAACAAGGAUUGAGAGUAAUUGGUUUGGCACGUGGCUCCUCGUUACAAGAUCUGAUUUACGUCGGUCUGGUUGGUAUUUGCGAUCCACCGAGACCUCACGUACGCGAAUCUAUCAGCAUCUUGAUAAAUAGUGGCGUUAAAGUGAUAAUGGUGACUGGUGAUGCCAAGGAAACUGCAGCUGCAAUAGCUAGUAUAAUUGGAUUGGAUACGCUUCACAGUCGGCUAUUGUCGGGAGAUGAAAUCGAUAUGAUGUCGGAGCACCAACUGGAGCAGUGCAUUAACAGCGUUAGCGUAUUUUAUCGCGUGACACCCAAGCAUAAACUUUGUAUCGUAAAAGCCUUACAAAGGAACGGCAAUAUAGUUGGUAUGACUGGUGACGGUGUAAACGACGGAGUUGCGUUGAAGAAAGCCGAUAUAGGCAUUGCUAUGGGCAAAAAUGGCACAGAUGUCUGCAAGGAAGCUGCCGAUAUGAUUUUAGUCGAUGAUGAUUUUGGAACUAUUAUCGCCGCGAUCGAAGAAGGAAAGGGUAUUUUUCACAAUAUUCGUAAUUUCGUAAGAUUUCAAUUAAGUACCAGCAUAGCCGCGCUCUCUCUGAUUGCUCUUGCAACAUUGAUGAGUAUACCGAAUCCUUUGAAUGCUAUGCAAAUACUGUGGAUCAACAUCAUUAUGGAUGGUCCGCCUGCUCAAAGCCUUGGCGUAGAGCCGGUCGACAAAGAUGUUCUGAAGCAAAAACCACGUAACACAAAGGAGCCAAUGAUUACGCGUCAUCUCAUAAUUAAUGUUUUAUUGUCGGCUAGUAUCAUCAUUCUUGGCACUCUAUGGGUAUACAACAGAGAGAUGGUCAAUGGAAAUACCGCGAGAGACACUACCAUGACAUUCACUUGCUUCGUAUUCUUCGACAUGUUUAACGCACUUAGCUGUAGAUCACAGACAAAAUCUAUAUUUACAAUCGGAUUGUGGAGUAACAAAAUGUUCUUGGUAGCGGUAACAUUAUCUGUCAUCGGGCAAAUGCUCGUGAUCUAUUUUCCUCCGUUGCAAAGAAUAUUUCAAACUGAGGCACUCACGGCGACAGAUCUUUUGUUCCUGGCAGCGUUGACAUCGAGUGUCUUCGUGAUCAGCGAGAUGAAGAAAUUCAUCGAGAGACAGCUGCAGGGACGUCGCAGCAACAACCAGUAUUACAACAAGUUUGAAAUGGACUUUGUAUGACAGUUACAGUCUGCCGGCGAGAGCAAGGCGGACAAACAUAUUCAUAAAGAAUAAACGCAUCAAUUAUACAAGUAUAUCGCUCAGCGAUAUCAGGAUAUAUAAUAUGCAAUCGGCGUGCAAUCGUGUUCGCGUUUAUAAUUGAUGAUACAUUUUACCUCUCACACUUUUAACUCACAUCUACUCGAUUAUGCUUGCACAUUCGUAACCUCGUCACGUAUGCAGUUAAUACGCGUAUAAGAAAAAAAAGAAUAAUAUUCUUUCGACAAAGAUUCUAUGUAUUGAUUGCGCAGUGACUGCGGGUUCUUUUCCACCGUUUGCAAAUUCGACUUUUUUUUAAGUAUAUCACACACACACACACACACACACACACACACACACACACACAUAAAAAGAACAUUUCGAUAAUGAUGAAGUAGAUUUACAUAGAUUACAUAGUAACCAUUAGAUUAUUAUAUUUCAUUAUUGUCUCGACAAACGAGACUACGAAUCACCAUUUCAUAGAUGAUAGCGAAGCUACUGCACAUUCCACGCACGUUUGAUAGAUCAAAGCGACUUUUAACAAUAUUUAUCUAUAAUAUAGUCAUAGACUGCAGUCCAAAGCAAUGUUUGCACCGAAUCAUUGUAUCUGUCUUUCUCUAUCUCUCUUACACACUUUUUCUAAAUAAUGUGCAUAAUUUUUAAGAUCCAUUUUGGGAGGAAAUGUCGAUUCCGCCAUUUAUUCAUUCAUUGUCCGUCAAUUCACGUUAGAGGAGAAGCGAAUCAUGCAGCAUUAUACCGAGUAAGAAGACGAAACAAACUUAUUGUAAUUAAAAUCACAGUCAUACAAA